GAAACUCUCACAUUCCUGGCAUAGCAGCCGCCUCCGGCGCGGGCCGAUCCUGGGGCUGCGCGCUGGGGCCCGGGCGACCAGAGCGUCGGCGCCACCGCCGGGUGCACACCUCCGCCGCCCAGCCGAGCCGAGCCGAGCCGAGCCGGGCCGGGUCGUCGGGUCCGACUGCGCCGAGCCCCCGCGGGCCGCAGCGGUGCCGCUGGCCUCUGUCCAGGUGGGUGUGUGCAAGCCAAGGAAGCAUGAGGACACUGGAAGACUCCUCGGGGACAGUCCUGCACCGCCUUAUCCAGGAGCAGCUGCGCUAUGGCAACCUGACUGAGACACGCACGCUGCUGGCCAUCCAGCAGCAGGCCCUGCGGGGUGGGGCCGGGGCUGGGGGCACAGGGAGCCCCCAGGCCUCCCUGGAGAUCUCGGUACCCGAGGACAGUCAGGUGCUGCAGCAGGCCACAAGGCAGGAGCCCCAGGGCCAGGAGCACCAGGGCGGUGAGGCCCACCUGGCAGAGAACACCCUCUACCGGCUGUGCCCACAGCCCAGCAAGGGCGAGGAGCUGCCCACCUACGAGGAGGCCAAGGCCCACUCACAGUACUAUGCGGCCCAGCAGGCGGGGCCCCGGCCACAUGUUGGGGACCGGGAUCCCCGAGGGGCCCCGGGAGGCAAUCGGAGGCAGGAUGAGGCCCUGCGGGAGCUGAGGCACGGGCACGUGCGCUCCCUGAGUGAACGGCUCCUGCAGCUGUCCCUGGAGAGGAACGGUGCCCGGGCCCCCAGCCACAUGAGCUCCUCCCACAGCUUCCCGCAGCUGGCCCGCAACCAGCAGGGCCCCCCGCCCAGGGGCACCCCUGCCGAGGGCCCAGAGACCCGUGGACCUCCACCUCAGUACCCACACGUUGUGCUAGCUCAUGAGACCACCACCGCUGUCACCGACCCACGGUACCGCCCCCGCGGCAGCCCGCACUUCCAGCAUGCUGAAGUCAGGAUUUUGCAGGCCCAGGUGCCUCCCGUGUUCCUCCAGCAGCAGCAGCAGUACCAGUACCUGCAGCAGUCCCAGGAGCACCCCCCGGCCCCACACCCAGCUGCUCUUGGCCACGGGCCCCUAGCCUCCCUCGGUCCACCUGGAGUGGAGGGGCCAGCAAGCACCCAGGCCUCCUCGGCCAGUGCCCACCUGGCGCAGAUGGAGACUGUGCUGAGGGAGAAUGCCAGGCUGCAGAGGGACAAUGAGAGGCUGCAGAGGGAGCUGGAGAGCUUGACGGAGAAGGCUGGUCGCAUCGAGAAGCUGGAAAGUGAAAUCCAGCGGCUCUCUGAGGCCCACGAGAGCCUGACGAGAGCCUCUUCCAAGCGGGAGGCCCUGGAGAAGACCAUGCGGAACAAGAUGGACAGUGAAAUGAGGAGGCUGCAGGACUUCAACCGGGAUCUCAGAGAGAGAUUGGAAUCUGCAAACCGCCGCCUGGUGAGCAAGACGCAGGAGGCCCAGACAGGCAGUCAGGACAUGGUGGCCAAGCUGCUUGCUCAGAGCUACGAGCAGCAGCAGGAGCAGGAGAAGCUGGAGCGGGAGACGGCACUGCUGCGCGGCGCCAUCGAGGACCAGCGGCGGCGCGCUGAGCUGCUGGAGCAGGCUCUGAGCAAUGCACAGGGCCGGGCGGCGCGCGCCGAGGAGGAGCUGCGCAAGAAGCAGGCCUAUGUGGAGAAGGUGGAGCGGCUGCAGCAGGCUCUCGGACAGCUGCAGGCCGCGUGCGAGAAGCGUGAGCAGCUGGAGCUACGUCUGCGGACGCGCCUAGAGCAGGAACUCAAGGCCCUGCGUGCACAGCAGAGACAGGCGGGCACCCCCAGUAGUGGCAGUGAUGGCUCCCCAGAGCUCAGCGCCCUGCGGCUGUCCGAGCAACUGCGGGAGAAGGAGGAGCAGAUCCUGGCGCUGGAGGCCGACAUGACCAAGUGGGAGCAGAAAUAUUUGGAGGAACGGGCCAUGAGGCAGUUUGCCAUGGAUGCAGCCGCCACGGCCGCCGCCCAGCGCGACACCACUCUCAUCCGACACUCCCCCCAGCCCUCACCCAGCAGCAGCUUCAACGAGGGCCUGCUCGCAGGCGGCCACAGGCAUCAGGAGAUGGAAAGCAGGUUAAAGGUGCUUCAUGCCCAGAUCCUGGAGAAGGAUGCGGUGAUCAAGGUCCUUCAGCAGCGCUCCAGGAAAGACCCUGGCAAGGCCACCCAGGGCUCCCUGCGGUCCGCCAAGUCUGUGCCAUCUCUCUUCGCGGCUGCAACGACAGGGACCCAGGGCUGGCAGGGGCUCUCCUCUAGUGAGCGCCAAGUGGAUACCCCUGCCCGGCUGGCUGCAGCAGACAGAGCACCUGCGGAGGAGCCAGUGGCCGUGGCUCCCCUCCCUGCCCACGCCAAACACGGGAGCAGAGAUGGGAGCACCCAGACUGACGGCUCCCCGGAGAGCGCCGCUGCCUGCCUGGGACUAGAACCUGACAGCCUCCUGGGGUGCGGCAGUGGCCAGAGGACAGCCUCGCUGGACUCUGUAGCUACAUCCAGAGUCCAGGACUUGUCGGACAUGGUGGAGAUACUGAUCUGAAGGAGCUGGUGCAUUGGCGACUGGAACGAUUCCCUGCUCUCGGCCAUUCCAGCAGCCCCCUCCAACUGCUGCUUCCUCACUUUACCCAGUGCACGCUUAUUUCCGUUGAUCAUCUGGUCCCAGGAGUUUAGGAAGGAUGCUGCAGGGGAGAGGAGCGCUGUGAGAGCACCCGCACCUCAGAAGACCCUGCUUCUUAGCCCCACAUUCCUCCUGGGCCCAUGCAGUAUGAGGAUUCAACCUUUACCUGCUGCUGGGGUAGCAACUGAAAGCUCAGAAGAGAGCUGAGCCCCCCUGCACCCCCAGUUGGCACUCAGGCAGGGAGGGAGGGGAUAUGUUUGUUUGGGGACUGAUUUCCAAGAAUGGCUGCCAGAGACCCCAGAUAGGCUGGUUCAGGAAUCAAGUCACCCAUGAUGUUCCCCUCUGGCUAAGUGUGGCCCCAGCCAACCUCAUCUGCUCCUCAGCUCCUCACUGCCUCCUGGAGAUCACUAAGACUUACAUCCUUUGGGGAUUGCUGAGGGUGUUAAUCCUGCAGAAGCCACAGCCUCAUCUCCUCACCUGGAGUGAGUAGGGGCCAUUUAAGUGGACUGGAGUACGCUGUGCAGUUUGUAUAUAGUCCCUUUCUGUGGAACAGAAGAUUGAAGCAUGCUGCUUCAGAUUUGUCCCCUCGUUCUGUGCUCCCAUCCCUGCUGUUGCACUUCCUGUAACUUCUGGCCAGCCUCCCGGUUAUCUCUCCUUCUCAAGUCUGUGGAUUUUGAUACUGGUUGAUCCACAGGUUAUUGACUGUCUUUUCCUCCAUCUUGAGCCCUGUUUUAAAUGCCCAAGGGACCCCAAUCACCAGCCUCUUGAAAUGGCUCCACAGCUCCUGUCCCUGGGACAUCCUGUCAGUUUGGUUAUGAACCCUGAGCCAGAUGAAAUGAGCCACCACACACAGACAUCUGCCAUGGUGGGCUUCCCAGCCCCGAUUCUCUCGAAGGAAACAGGAGGAGUUGCCUUGUUCUCAUCAGAGUCUUUGUUCCCACCUGGAAGGAUUGGGAGAGGGAGCUAUGCUAUUGAAAACUAAUCAAUGAGCUACAAGUUGUGACUUGAACAGUCCUCGGAAGGGAACCCCCAUCACAAAAUGGCGCCUGUGAGGCUGGCUCCUCAGCUCCCGGUGCCCAGCGCCCUGAAGCAGGGCCAGCGUUCUGGAGUUAGAGUGAAGCAUCCACAUGGCAGCCUGCAGCAGCAGUGACUUUGACCUGUGGUCUUAAAGAGUCCUCCCAACUCAGCCCAGGGGCGAUUGGUGGGUUUUAGCCAUUUGUCUUGACUGUUUUCAGUUCUCCUUGAAUCAUUGUUUUUUCUUCUACAGUUUUUAGAUUCCGUAUGUGUUAUUUUAUUCCCAUGGUUCCUCAAGUUUCCUUUUUAAACAUUUGCAUUUGCUGGACAAUUGCAUAUUUUUUUAAAUCCCCCGUCCCUCUUUAAAGCUGAAAAAUACAUUUGGUUCAUGUGCAUUGUUUACAAAGCAAAAAGAAAAAAAGAGAGAAAAAAAAGGCAAAAAAAUAUUGUGAAAGGAAAAAAAACAACUUAAUAUAUUUUGGAUUAAUAUUUGGUAUUUCUUUUAAAGUAUGUUUUGUGCUGUGAACAUUUUCUGCCAAAGACCAUGGUGUGUGUCUGAAUGUUUAAGUUAUCAUAACUAUUUAAAAUGUAAACGUGGCUGUUCUGUUAUGCUGCCCUGUACCAGGACUGCUGCUGCAUUCCACUGGGUAUAACAGUAUUUUAAUAAAAAAAAAAAUUAAAA